ACUAUGUUGUGUAUUUGUCACACAUUUGUCAGUGGUAAGAAAUUACACCUUUUAUGGAGAAUGAACUGAUUUUUAAUCAUGUCAGAGGUGUUUCGGUCUGCGCAAUUAAGUAAAUAAAGUACAGCUGUUGUGGUGAAAAGACAUUGAAGUAUUUAUUAAAAUGACUCAAAGUUUGACAGUGGUUUAGAUUAUGUGUUUUUAGCGAAAAACCUUAAUUGUUGAUGCUUAUAACAGGAAUAGGUUCACCAUGAGUUCUAGGGAGAAAGAAUAUGGGAUAUUUAUAUGCAAUGAUUUGCUUAAAGAUCUGCCUAAAGGGCUACAACCAAGAACAGUCCUUCUUGGCCAAAUCAUCAUUAUAGAUGGGAGAAUAGGAGAACGAUUGCUAGCUAUAAGGUUCUUAAAAGAGUUUGACAAUUGGGAAACCAUAACCUAUUCAUGUUCUGAAGACAACAUUGUAAGAAUUAGUGACAAGUUAUGGCCUUUUAUUGCUUCUGUGAGUUCUCCACAAGAAAGAGUGAAAUUGGCCAAAAAUAGGAAUCUCUGCGAAGCACUGCAAAGAGUUUGUACUGAUAUGGUAGUUGGUUUUACUGAUAUCAAUGAUAUUCAACUGGGGAAAGUGAAAUUCAUAGGUGUAGUGAAGGGAAUUGGCUAUGGCUAUGGGAUUGAGUUACAUGAAAAGAGGAAAGACAACAUAUGCAACGGUCAGUGUGCAGGAAUCCAGUACUUCAAAUGCGAUCCCGGCUACGCGGUCUUUACGACCAUCGAAAGAGUGAGACCUUUGAACACCAGUAGCGCCAUCUGCAACGGCACUCCUUCGGCUCCCCCACCCCAAUCCGACUUAGAUAUUUUGGUCGAGAAGAACUUGUACAGCAUCACGAACGGCAUGAACGAAGAAAAGCCUAAAUACGAGGAGAUAGUGACGAAAUACGGCGAAUACCCCACGAAGAAGUUCGCUACGAAUAAACAUACUAACAAUACGUACUUGAGAAGUUCUCUGUCCCUUCAGAAUAUGAUGGAUAUUAAUAACAGUUCAGUUAACACUAACAACGACUUCGAUCAGAACACCGUAAUUCAACCAGAAAAGACGACGCUAAUGAAGAAACCUAAGGACAACACUGAAAUAGAUCUGAUAGAUGUAAUAGGAGGUAAAUGGUCGGGUACCACUGAUAGGAAACAACUGGACGACUUUACGGGAUCUAUGAGGAAACUCGACAAAAACGACAACGUCAAGGAAAAAUAUGUCAAUUAUGUAGAAAACAACACCCUCAGUCGACGGAAUAAGAGUAGCAACCCUUUGCAUCACUUACUGGAUGGUAACAGUAUCAAGAAGAGUACCGCCAAGUUUUAUACAAAUCAUUUUUCGGAUAUUAAGGACGAGCAUAAAAGUUCAACUCUCAAAAAAAAAAUUAACGAAAGAACCACCGAGCACGCCAAACCUUCGGCUACUUUCUACCUCAACGAGAAACCUAAGUACGACGAUCCAGCUCCCGGUACCACCAACGAUUUCGUCAUCGGCAGCUUGGUAGAGGUUCUGAACGACGUCAGUGAUAAUCCUUUGUAUGGAGUCGUCAGGUGGAUGGGCGUUGAAAGCGGAACUAACUUUGUUCUUGUCGGGGUGGAACUAGAAGAAGAACAACUUCAUUUACCGUUGAAUUUAUCGGACGGUGUACAUAAAGGAGAUAGAUUAUUCAGCUGUGCUGAAAACAGAGCCAUUUUUGUACCCCUAGAUCAGUGUAGGAAAGAUUCUAGGUUCCAGGACACGCCGCCGCCCAGAGUUCACGAGGCUUCCGCUGUAGAACACAAUAUGGAUUGUCCGGUGAUUCCAGGAGCUGUACCUCCUUUGUGCAUGCCCACCGAAGAAGACGUAGAAGCGGUGUGUGGAAAGUACAGAGGCAUUCAAGGGCACCAUAAUUCCUGUUAUCUGGACGUGACUUUGUUCGCAAUGUUUACCUAUACCUCUGUUUUCGAUAGUAUUUUAUUUAGGCCUAAGAACAUGUGUGAUAUUGAUGACUACGAAGAAGUACAGAGGGUGUUAAGAGAAGAAAUCGUAAACCCUCUUAGGAAAAACCUUUUUGUCAGCGCAGACCACGUGAUGAAGCUGCGUCGACUUUUAGAUAGACUGAGCAAUAUUUCGGGCUUGACGAGCGAGGAGAAAGACCCGGAAGAGUUUUUGAAUUCCCUUCUGGCUCAAAUUCUCAGAGCCGAACCCUUCCUGAAACUGAAUUCAGGUCAAGAAACGUUCCAUUAUCAGUUGUUUGUAGAAAAAGACGCUCAACUCACCCUGCCUACAGUCCAGCAACUGUUCGAACAGAGUUUCUUGACUAGUAAUAUUAAACUCAAGGAAGUUCCUUCCUGUUUGAUAAUCCAGAUGCCUCGGUUCGGUAAAAACUACAAGAUGUACCCUAGGAUAUUGCCGUCGCAACUGCUGGACGUGACUGAUGUGAUAGAUGGAUCUCCACGAAUCUGUAUAGUUUGCGGGAAGUUGGCCCGGUACGAAUGCAGAGAAUGCUUCGACGACUGCAGCAACGCCGGUCUAGAGAGUACUGCUUUUUGUCCGGAUUGUCUGAAGACAGUCCACAGGCACGAGAAACGGAAAAAUCACAAACCUACGAAGCUGAACAUAACCAGUGAUUUUUCUUCUGUGCAGGAUCUAUAUCCAUGGCCGAGGCUGUUCAUGGAGUUAUUUGCUGUGAUUUGUAUCGAAACGUCGCAUUAUGUGACAUUUGUUAAGUGUGGCGUAGGCCACGAGGCUCCUUGGUGUUUUUUCGAUUCCAUGGCUGAUAGAUUAGGUGAAAAAAAUGGCUUUAAUAUACCCGAAAUGGUCGCCUGUCCCGACGUGUCGCGGUGGUUAUCCGACGAAACUAUCUGCAGACAACUUCACGAAGAAUAUCCCUCGGACAGGCAUUUGCCCGAACAUGCGCGUAGACUGCUGUGUGACGCCUACAUAUGCAUGUACCAAAGUUCAGAUGUGAUGAUGUACAGAUAAAAAGUGUCUAUAUAC